AUGCGAAAAUAGACAAAAAAGAAAAAAACGGAGGCAAGAUACUUACCAGCCCCAACUUUAUUCCCUUUUUUUCUGAGGUUGUGUGUUUUGAAAACAGGCCCGAUGGUUGCCAGUGGGUUGGGACGGAGAGCUGAGGAGUGAGAUUCAUCAUCCUGUGAACAGAGGGCCAUGCAUGUUGCACUGCGGCCACGCAGUGGUUGCCUGCUGCUCUGUCUGUGCCUGUCCGUGCUCACCCUGCUGCUCCAGAGCCUCUGGGUGCCGGCUGAGAUGACCCGGGAUGAACCUGCAGGAAGGUCACCUGAAGAACAAGGUCAGCGUGGUCUGGGCUUUCGCAGGCUGGCUCUCCGCUUGGAGGCUUUGAAUACUCAGGUGCAGAGGCUGAGCAGAGAACGAGACGUCACCCAGCUGACCAGAGAAGACCUCAGUCUGUUACUGCAGAGCUUCAGGCAGGACCAGCAAGGCUUAGCCCACCUGCUAGAGAGGGAGCUGAAGAGAGUGUCUCAGAGGCUCGACCAGCUCAGCCGUCACCAUCACCAUCAGUCUCACACGCCGCCACUGCAGGAUGAACUCAGACCACACACAGGGCCCAAUGAGAAGUGCGAGGUGCCAAUGGAUCCCGCGUAUCCGGUGUGUGCGGAGAAAGUGGAGUUCCUGCGGGCCCGCUGGCAGUCCGACCCCUGUUACGCCUUUUACGGGGUGGAUGGCACCACCUGCUCCAUAUUGACCUAUCUUAGCCAAAUAGAGGACUUUUGUCCCCCUCGUCCUGCAAUAAAACACUCCUCUCCGCCGUGGCACCAGAAACCUCACGCUUACACUGAGAAGGCUGAGAUACGUACAACUCUGAGGCCGCUGUAUGAGGUCAUCAGCAACAGCAGUGGUCCUGCCGUGAACUUCAUCCGGUCCAGAGUGGAGAGGAUGUCUGAGCGGUGGAUACAGGCCGGUCUGAGGAUGAGGCAGAGCAGCAACAAGACGGUCCUGACCCUGAUGAAGGUGCUACUUUACCCCGGAGCCCUGGCUGGGAGCGUCGGCCAGCGGUUUGAAGCCAUGGUGAAGAGAGGGGGGCCUCUAGGGGAGCUGGUUCAGUGGGCCGACCUCAGUGCCUGUCUGACAGUCCUGGGCCACAACUUAACCUUCAGCACCUCACAGCACCAGCUUCGCAGCCUGAUAGGCGCUGCUCCAGGCCAAGGCAGUUGUCCAAUCCAGAGGCCCCUGACCUUCGACCUCAUCUAUACUGACUACCACGGUCUUGCUCACCUUCAAGGCGCCAUGGGACUGGCUUUCUUGCACUAUCGGUGUCGCUUCAGAAUCCUGGACUCUUUUGGCACAGAACCAGCCUUCAACUCGGGGAGUUACGCACGCAGCCAUGGAUAUACAACACUGUGGGGCAGCUGGGGUCUGCAACCCCUGCAGUACAUGACCAUGUUCCCUCACACUCCUGAUAACUCCUUCCUGGGCUUUGUGAGUGAGGAGGCAGUGAGGGAGGAUGCAAGGGAAGAGGAGCUGGAGGCAGACGCCCACAGGAAAGACAAGAUAGCUGUCGUCUAUGGCAAACAGGACUACAUGUGGAAGGGUAAAUCUGAGUAUGUGGAGGUGAUCAGUGAAGAGCUGGAGACCCAUGCUACAGUCUACCAGCCUCCAGGACACGUCUCCAACCUGCCCAAAUUCAUCACAAACCACGGCCUGCUGACUCAGGAACGCUUCCUACGACUUCUCCGCCGGGCCAAGGUGUUUAUCGGCCUUGGGUUCCCCUAUGAGGGUCCAGCCCCCAUCGAGGCGGUAGCUCUCGGCUGUGUGUUCCUUCAGCCACGAUUUGACCCACCGCACUCAUCAGACAACAACGACUUCUACAAAGGCAAGCCCACCACGAGACAGAUCUCCUCCCAACACCCGUAUGCUGAGACAUUCAUCGGCAAGCCCCACGUGUGGACCGUAGAUGCGAGCAACAAGACUGAUGUACGGGAGGCAGUCAGAACCAUUCUGCGCACGGAGGUGAAGCCUUUCACUCCGCGAGAGUUCACCUGUGAGGGAAUGCUGGAGAGGGUUCAUGCUUAUAUCACUCAUCAGAAUUUCUGCAGUAAAUCCGUCCCUUCUUGGCCACCUGAAAGUGCUCUCAGGGCACACCUGGGUCCCCUGGGUCAGUCAUGUGUAGAGGUGUGUCGACGCUCCUCCCACGUGUGCGAGCCUGCUCUGUUUCCCCACCUCAACAAUCCUGCUGCAUUCAACAGACUCCGGAUAGGCUGCUCCAGCACGAAGCAGGAAGUGAACCACCUGUUCCCUUCUUACAGUCCUUGGGGUCGACACUGUGGCCUCCAGCAGGAGCCUCUGCUGUUCAGUUGUGCCGGCUCUGACCCUUCACAUCGCAGGCUGUGUCCCUGCAGAGCUCACCUACCGGGGCAGGUGGCACUUUGCCCUGACUGCCUCUAAACAACACAAAAGAACUCAGGAAAUAGCAAGAGAAGAGAAGAGCAGGUGAAAAAGAAGCUUCAACUGGUGAAACAGGCUCAUCCCAUCAUCCCUGUGGCUGCGAAACAGCUUGUGCAAGAAACAAAUGAUUACACCUAAAGGCCAAACACUACAGCCCACGAUCAGUGUCGUAAGUGAUGGGGUGCUGGACUUACACAGCACAGCUGUUAGCAAAGAUGGCUCCAACAAUGGCAACAAGCUGCUACUUUGAACUGGAUCAAUGUGAGGCUUUUCCUGGAAACUCGCGAAAGUUAACUGGCAGGACUGGAGACCUUUUUCCAUCCGGAUAUGCUCCAUGUGACCAGAACAUAUUGUCACUCAGGGAUCUGGCCGCUCAGGGCUGCGACGACAGGAUCGGUUGACAACGUGAUUGACUUGUAAAUGCCUCUGAAACGGUGCAUGAAAACAACAUUUCAUGAUGACUUUUUGGUGGAUGCUGGUGAAUUCACUUUGGCCCUGUCAAAUUAGCCGAGCGGUCCAAAGACAAUGGAAAUGAACUUGUGUAUUUAUGUCAAAAGGCUGUUUGGAUAAAAGGAAAAUAAAAGUGCAGAGGGACGUGUCUGAAAGCUGA